AUGUUCGAUCAACAGAUUGAGUCAAUAUCGAAUAAAUUGGUACAAUUCAUUCAAGAUUUAACAGUUAAUAUACAAACAAUUUUUAAUAGGAAAAAUUUUAAUGGCAAUUUUUAUGAAUUAUUUCAAUUACGUUGUGAUUAUGCUAAACAACUUGCCUGUUUAUUUGAAAUAUUAAUUAGUAGACUUCUGGAAGAUUGUCUUCUCAAUCGAACAAAUCAAUUUAUAUUAAAUCUUGAUCCUGUACAAAUCUGGAGGUUAAUACAAAAUUGCAUUGAUCAAUUAAAUGCCAUCCAACGGCAAGAUUUAUGUUUACUUAUUAAACAGAUUCGAACAAUUAAUAGUCAUUUUUAUAAUCUUUUAUUACAAUUAAAAAGUUGUGAAUUUCAUAAAAUUGAUCAAAUACGCGAAAUGAAUCAAAAUCUAAUUGAAGAAUUAAAUCAUCUUGCAGAAAGUUUAUUACAUUUUACAACUAUUUUCUACAAUACCUGUCCGAAGAUCAACAACACAAAAUACCAAAAUCCGAUUGACACUUAUCUAUUUCAAAGUGUAUCAACACCAAAACAUCCAAACAACAAUAAUCAUAUUAAUGAAAUAAAGCCAACAGCAACUCCUCACGCUGCGAAUUCUAAUUGCUAUCCGUAUAAUAUAAUAAGAAAUCCAUGUCCAACGCAAUACAAUGGUCGAAGACAAGAUUGUUGUAACCAAACAAAUCCAAUCUAUUACCCUAUGGGAACAAUUCCAACUAUUGCUAAAUUACCAUAUACGAAACCUAUGUGUUGCGGUAUCGAUGCAAACAGCGAGAUGCCAACACCUUUAUGCUUCCCAACACCUAUUGUUUACACACCGGAAAUGGAAACGUUAUUCUCACCUGGUGGUAUUAUUUACGCUCGAAAGUCAGGCAAUACCUGGAUUGCUGAAAACUUAGGUACACUCAUUGAAACUCUGAAAGAUAUCGGACAAACAAUUGAUAUGAAUGAACAUUGUGAAAUUUUUGUACGAAAAACUGGCGAGUUAGUUGUUCACCGGAAAAAAGGUCGUCGAAAACGUAUGUUACAGAAAACACUACUUGAGAAUAAUGCCUACGAAGAUGUGAAUGUUCAUGAGCCCUAUUUCGAAUCUAAUAUUACAAAUCGUACCGAGUAA